AUGUCAGUCGUUGACUUUUCCAGUACCUCAAGUGGUUCGGCUAUCAAUUCGUCGGAAAUUUCCCAGAGAGGAAAUGGAUCUACGAUAGUCGAAACCAAGAAAGGGCCAUCUUCGAAUUUGAAGGCUAUUGACACGUUUGGUAACGAGUUCAAGGUACCAGAUUACACCAUUAAGCAAAUUUUGUCGGCUAUCCCAAAACAUUGUUAUGAAAGAUCGCUUGUUAGAUCGUUAGGUUACGUUGCUCGUGAUAUAACCAUGAUGUGCUUAAUUGGUUACGUUGGACAAAAGACUAUCCCAAUGGUUGAGAUCGCAGGCCAGGAAGGGUUGAGUUCUACAAUUAGAGGAGGCCUCUGGUGCGUGUAUUCGUACUUGUUGGGGUUAUUUGGGUUUGGUUUAUGGAUUUUAGCUCACGAAUGUGGACACGGGGCAUUUUCUGAUUACCAGAAUGUUAAUGAUGUUGUUGGAUGGAUUUUACACUCUUACUUGAUAGUCCCAUAUUUUUCCUGGAAAUUCUCUCAUUCAAAGCAUCACAAGGCUACUGGUCAUUUGACUAAGGAUAUGGUUUUCAUUCCUUACACCAAGGACGAAUUUGUCGAAAAGAGCGGCGUAUCUAAGGUGUCUGAAGUCAUGGAAGAUUCGCCAAUCUGGUCGUUGAUGGUUUUGAUUUUCCAACAGAUUGGUGGCUUACAAUUGUACUUAGCUACUAAUGCCACUGGUCAAAGUUACUCAGGGUACUCAAAGAUCGCCAAGUCUCAUUAUGCUCCAGCUUCUCCAGUUUUUGACAAGGAACACUACUGGUAUAUUAUCUUGUCUGACAUCGGGAUUAUCACAACCAUAACGGUUGUUUACCAAUGGUACAAGAACUUUGGUUUCUUCAACAUGUUUGUCAACUGGUUCAUGCCAUGGUUAUGGGUUAACCACUGGUUAGUCUUUGUUACUUUCUUACAACAUACCGAUCCAACCAUGCCUCAUUACCGUGAUAAUGAAUGGAAUUUCGCUCGUGGUGCUGCUGCUACUAUCGACCGUAACUUUGGUUUCAUCGGACAACACAUUUUCCAUGAUAUUAUUGAAACUCACGUUUUACACCAUUACGUUUCAAGAAUUCCAUUUUACAAUGCUAGAGAAGCCACCGAUGCCAUCAGAAAGGUUAUGGGCGAACAUUAUAGAUAUGAAGGUGAAUCUAUGUGGUAUUCUUUAUGGAAAUGUAUGAGAAUGUGCCAAUAUGUUGAUGAUGCUGACACUGACGCUAAAGGUGUUUUAAUGUACAGAAACGUUAACGGAGCAGGUCCAGUUAAGCCAAUAGAUUAA